AUGUUCAAUUCUCCACGACGAUGGAUCUUCAUCGUCUCUCCAUUCCUUACCCUCAUUCUAGUCUACUACCUCUUCCUCACCCCGAACACAACCCCGGCUGCUGUGAAGACGAAUACGGAUACCAAGCAAUGGUCACAGUCCGAGCAAAGCACCAUUGUCCUCGAAGGAGGUCAACCAGCCCCCGAAAUUGAAAAGCAGGCCCAAGGAUCAAAAGUCUCGGACCAGGACGAGGACCCUUGUGGGAAGUUGCGUCAUGAUAUGGAGGAUGUUUUCGUAGUCUUGAAGACUGGUGCCACCGAGGCCCUCCACAAGGUCCCCGUGCAGCUGCGUACCGGCUUCAAAUGCGUCCCAAACUUUGCCGUCUUCUCCGACUACGAAGAGACUAUCAACGGAGUGCGUACGUACGAUGUCCUGAGCAAUGUGACCGAAAAAACCAUGCAAAAUGAGCCCGAAUUCGAGGUUUACCACCACCUUCAAAAGGUCGGCCGUCCAGGUCUGACCGAUGAGGAUUUUGGCGACGACGAAAAUGGACCUUUCGGCAAGGUUAACAAUCCUGGAUGGAAGUUGGACAAGUGGAAGUUCCUCCCCAUGAUCGAUGGGGCGCUAGAGGCGAUGCCCGAUGCCAAGUGGUACAUCUUCCUGGAGGCGGAUACCUACAUUGUCUGGCAGAAUCUGGUCAAUUGGCUGGCCCAUCUUGACCACACGCGCAGCUUCUAUCUCGGCAGUCCGAUGCAGAUCGGCGAUAUCUUGUUUGGAUAUGGUGGGGCAGGUAUUGUUCUCUCACAGAGAGCGAUGCAGCGUCUGCAUAGCUACCGGGCCCAGAACCUGGAGGAGCUGGAGGUCAUGACUGCCAGUGAAUGGGCCGGAGACUGCGUUCUCGCCCGUGCCCUGCAGGAUAUCCAUAUCCCUCUGACGUGGGCCUGGCCCAUGAUGAUGACCUCCCGCCCGUGGGAGAUUGACCAUUUCUCCGAGGGUUACGGCCGCCAGCCUUGGUGUUACCCCGUCAUCUCGUACCACCACAUGGACCCUCGAGAUAUCGAGGAGAUGUGGCGAUUCGAGCGUAACUUUUUUAAAAGUGGUAAGAAUGCUCUCCUGCUUCAUGCCGAUGUCUACCGAGCGUUCAUCCACAACGGCUCGCUCGCCGAGCGCGAGGACUGGGAUAAUUUGUCUCCGGCCAACAUUGACUUCGAUCCCCCGACGAGUCCCUCAGCUGAGGCAUGUGCCGAUGCCUGUUCCCAAAACUCGGAAUGUCUCCAGUUUUCCUUCAACCACGAGGAGCAGACUUGCAAACACGCGUCCACCACAUUUGCCGGUGUCGCCACCAACGGCACCUACUCUGGUUGGAUGAUCCACCGUGUUCAGAAGCUCCUGAAUACCUUCCAAUCGUCAUGUCCCCAGGUCGAAUAUGUCUUCGACUAA